AUGUCAGACCUACAGAUUUUGCAAAACAACCUUGACCACUUCUUUCUGAUCAUUACAGGCUGCCUCAUUUUUUGUGAGUAUAGUUUUCCAUCUCUUUUCUUUAAAGUUUGAGAUAUCCAUGCAUGAAGUGAUUGCUUUACAUAAAAGAAUAUAUUUUUUAGGAAGAGUUAAAACUGUUUUCUUUGCUUAAAUAAGAGAGAAAAAAUGGUAUACUGACUUAGGCACCCACUCUGCCUCUGGGAUCAUUAUAUUAACAGUAUACAAAUGAAACCUGACACUAUAAUGAAUACAUUGAACUUGAACAAAGAAAACUGAGAUUGGGGGAAAAAAUAAUUAACCCUUUAACUCCCAGAUCAAAUUUUGUAAUUCUCCUCACUGUCAACCAUGCAAUUCUAAUGUCGUAUUUCAGAGAAUUUAGUAUUGGAUCAACUAAUUAUCUCCAAAUUGACAAUUUUCUUUAUUCUUGUCACUUAAUUGGUUGACAUUGUAUUGGAGAAAGUUCUCACAGAUUGCAAAAGUGACAAACUUGAAAAAUGUAGGCAAACUUUUCCAGGAUGGAAAUGUAAGAACUGUCAGAUAAUCCAAAUGGACUUAAAAUGUAAGCAAAUGUUUCCAGGAUGGACAAAUGGUGUCCAGGUGCAGUUCCCUUAAAUAGAUCCCCUGCAUUACAUAUGCCUAGUCACAUUUUAAAGAGACCCUAUAAUCAGAUUGAUAAAUGACAGAGAAAAACAACUGAGGACAAGAGAUAUAUGACAUCUUACCCAUUCAAUGGUUGGUAGUUGAUGGCUGGUCUGUCUUUUUUCAGUUAUGCAAACAGGAUUUGCAUUUCUUGAAGCUGGCUCAGUAAGAUCAAAGAACACAACAAACAUUCUGAUCAAGAAUUUCUUGGAUGUUUGUAAGUAGUGAUGAUAGAAAUAAGUCAUUUACCAGUAUCCAAAGAGGUACAAAAGUUCAAAAAAGAAAGAUGGCAUCUCUCUUAUGCAUCAGUUCCUCAAUCAGAUCAAAAUUUGACUUUCAUGAUUUGUUUGUUCUUUUAUUUUCAUUCCAAGAAGUUAACUUUUAUACUGUACAGCCAUCUUUAGGUUAAAUUUUCAAUAGCCAAGUGAACCUCUACACAUGGCAAUUCCCUGAAUAAAUGAUGUGUCUUGUUUUAUGUCUUACAGUUAUUGGUGCAGUGGCCUAUUGGCUGUUUGGGUAUGCAUUUGCAUUUGGAGCAGAAAGUAAUGGCUUCAUUGGACACAAGUUUUUUGCAAUGGCAGAUUUACCAGCUGACAAAUACUCUCAUUGGUUUUUCCAUUUUGUUUUUGCUGCCACAGCAGCAACAAUUGUCAGUGGUGCCAUGGCAGAGAGGACAGAGUUUAAGGCUUACCUGUUGUACUCUGUGUUUCUCACUGGUAAGUUCCAGGCCCUACUCCUUAUUUCUGAUAGGUGGCACUUGCAUCUCUAGUUUUCAACCUUAUGGUGGCAAGCUGUUGUUAUAUUCAUCAUUCUUCCUUAGGCUUUGUAUACCCAGUAGUCACUCACUGGGCUUGGGAUGGAAAUGGUUGGCUGUACAAGGGUGUGGAUUACACUAAAGACAAUGUAACCUUGUCUGUUACAUACCAGGUAAGACAAGACAUGGAAGUAGUGAGACAAUUUAACAGUCACUAAGACACCAAUAAUGGCUGUCAUUAAAGGUCACUGAAACCUGAUCUUUUGCACAUAUAUCUGUACAUACCAGUCCACUACUGUGCUAUUCUUUUCUAAAUCAAGGAUUUUGCUGGCAGUGGGGUUGUUCAUGUUCUUGGUGGUACUGUUGCCCUAGUUGGAGCAACUGCUGUUGGACCAAGAAUAGGAAGAUUUGUGAAUGGUGUCCCUGUUCUACUUCCAGGCCAUACUGUACCAGUGAGUGAAAGACUUCUUAAGCUUGUCAUUUUCAAGGGUGGAUUUUGCAUUUAAAGACUGGUCCAGUUACUGUGCAGGACUCUUAAAAUCUCAACCAUGCUUUUGCAUUUUUUUUAUUCUAGCAAGCAGCUCUUGGAGGAUUCAUCCUGUUUUUUGGCUUCCUGGCAUUCAAUGGUGGCUCACAGGCAGCCAUUGCUAGUGCAGGUGAUGCAGAUGCUGUAGCACUGUCCGUUGUCAACACAAUCCUUGGAGGUGAGACAGUAACUAUUUAACUAUGAGCCUUAUUUUCUCUCCAUUUCCAGUUCACUUGUCAACACAGUUCUUGAAGGUGAAACAUAAUAACUCUUUACCCAGGAGCUUAAUUUUAUUUCUGUUUUCAUCCUCUUUGCCAAAAGAAUCUAAUGUGGUUCUCUUUUCUCAUUUAGGAGCUGCAGGUGCCCUAACUGCCAUGAUCAUCAAACGUCUGGGCUAUGCAGCAAAGUACUGGAGCUUACUUUUCACCAUUAACGGCGGACUUACUGGAAUGGUGCAACACAUUAGUUAGAUUAUAAAUAUGUGUAGGCUUUGAAUAUUAAGAGCACCUUCCAUAUGAAGCCCUAAAGAGAGAUUGAUUUUAAUUACCAUUACAUUCCUUUAUACUUUCAGUUUGAAAUUGCUAUGAAAUAAAAUAAUUCUCUGCAACUUCAAGUGCCGAUUCAUUAUUUUUUGAGCAAUAAAGAUGGUUAAAAAUAUGGAAUUCAAACCGGUACUCUUUCUACCAAUUUGAGUAGAGAGGGUUUUUCAUCAGUUUGUGAGCUAGUUGUUGGCUGUAAUUCAUGUGAAAUGCCAUCUGUUGUUCCACCAGCUUCUUUUUAAGUCUAAAAGGAGUUGCAUUGUGUUUCAGAUCACAAAACAAGUACACCUGAAGGGCAUUACAUACAAUGAGUUUCUAGAAAGAAAAAAAAUAGUAAUCAAUAUCUGCCUGAUUUAUUGGAAGGGACCAUGCUCUUAUAGAUGGGUGGAUCAUGCCCAUUUUGGCUGGGUUACUGUACUGAUCAGAUGUUUUAACCUUAUCAAUUCCAUUACAAAUGAUAACCUUUGCAUUUGUUUCUUAGGUGGCCUUAUGUGCAGGUUGCAAUGCCAUCCAUCCUUAUGCUGCUUUUUUCAUCGGCAUCAUUGCUGGAAUGGCCUACGUUGGAUGGAGCACUCUUCUGAUUCGUUUAAAGAUUGAUGAUCCACUGGAUGCUGUGGCAGGUGAGUUGCUCAAACACUGAUCCACCUUAUCAACUCAUGUUCAGCCAACUUAUUGUGAAAAGAAUUGUUUGGCACUCCCUGUUCUACACACCAUGCUUUUCAAUUGAUUGCUGUAAAACCAAAUCCAUGCUCUUUUGGACCAAUAAAACCAUAUCAAGGAAACUUUAAGUAAAAUGUGUAAAUGGUCUGAUGCAAGGGCCAGCAUAAGGAAAGGGAUCAAAAGGGCAUUGGUUUUAUUGGGCUGAAGGUUUGUUGCAAGUAUUGUGGAUCUAUCACAUACAAAAUCAAUACAAUGCCAGAUUACUCUUGGAAAGCAACUGAACUGUUCACCAGUAACAUUGUUUGACUAUUACGUACAGUUCACUUUGGUGGUGGUUUCUGGGGUGUGCUGUCUGUUCCCAUCUUCAACACAGAAUCUGGAAUAUUCUAUGUUGGAAGCGAGCAUUCAUUCUGUUUGUUUGGAUGGAACCUGCUGGGAGUGCUUGCCAUCAUGGCCUGGUCUGCAGCAUUGAGUUUCCCCAUGUUUUUCAUGUUGCGCAUCUCAAAGCAGCUUCGUGUCAGUGCAGAAAUCGAGCAGAAAGGUAACAGUCUGGACCAGAUACAUCAAUACAUCAAUUAUUCCAUGGAGUUUCAUGCUUAAAAUUUAUAUUUUCCUACAUGCUGACACUUUCCAGGUGUAGAGACCUCAUGCACCUCUUGGUUACCAUACAAGUUGGCAACUUUUAAAUUCAUUAGUGGCUUUGCAUUUCUAAGGUCUGACAGACAUAGGUUAUAUACCUGUUAAUGUAAGUCAAUAACAUUAAUAUGGUUUUUAAUGGUCUGAGAGAUACAGGUAAUACAGCUGUUACAUCUACUGGGGUGAUAUGCUGAUAACAUUUAUGCCAUAUUUAAAGGUCUGACAGAUAAAGGUAAUACCCCUGGUACAUCUCCUGGGUGAUAUGACGAUAAUAAUGCCCAAGUUGACUCAUCAUCAUCUGCUAAUUUACAUCAAUUUUUAUAUACUCAUUUAGAAUGUUUUUCCUUUCCAUGAGACCCUGGUUGAAAUGUGUGUCUGUUAUGCUAUUUGUGGACUUUUAAGGAAGAAUUGAAUACAUUUAAUCAAACCUAAGCUUGUUUUCAUGACAGAUUAUAGCGACAGGUACUUCAGUAAUAUAGAAUUGUUGGUUAUCUUUCCAUGAUUUGAGAUCCCUGGUUUUUUUUUUACAACAUUCAAUAAACCAAAACUUAAAAUUUUUUGUUUGUCCUAGGUCUUGAUAUUCCCAAACAUGGCGAGCCAGCAUACCCAUUGGCCAGUUAUGGAGACGGUUGGUCAGAGUUGCCACAUAAUCCACAGUCCUAA